CACUGCACAUUUGCACAUUAACCAGGACAAAACAAUACUUGUAAUUUAGCAUUAAUAAAAUUGGUUUAGAAGAAACACAGAAAUAACCUGUAAAAACAUGCAUAGAAUAGUACAUUUCGAUUUGAAAGGAGCUCCAUUAAAAGUUCAAUAUUUGGAACAGGUUAUUAUCCAUAUUAAAUCAUGGGGAGCGACUGGAGUAUUGUUCGAGUGGGAAGACACCUUCCCAUAUACUGGAGACUUGCAGAUCGUUGGGAGCAUAGCAAAUGCUGGAGGAGAUGGUCUUUACAGUAUAGAGGAAACCAGACAUCUCCUUGAUUUUGCCAACCAAAAUGGAUUAGUUCCUAUUCAGUUAGUUCAAACUAUAGGGCACCUGGAAUUUGUCUUAAAACAUCCGGCAUUUAGGAACUACCGAGAGACACAACGGUCACCAGCAGUUCUCUGUCCCAGCCAACCUCAAUCUUUACAAAUUGUGAAGGCUAUGGUCAACCAGGCUUUAGAUUUGCAACCAGACGCAAAAUAUUUUCAUAUUGGGGCUGAUGAGGUAUGGCAUACAGGCGUAUGUCAUGAAUGUCAAGAGAGAGCGGCAAGGAGUGAGUACAGAUUGUCUUCCCUAUUUUUGGAGCACAUACAACAAUUAGUCUUAUUCAUUAAGCAGAAAAGACCGGAAUUGACGGUUCUGAUGUGGGAUGACAUGCUAAGGACGAUACGUCUUGAUACAUUGUUGGCAUACAAACUAGGUGAACUUGUGGAGCCCGUCAUCUGGAAUUACAGUGCAAUGGAGUACUUUCAAAUAGAGUCAGAUUUGUGGAGUAAUUAUAAAAAAUUGUUUCCAAAAGUCUGGGCCGGGUCUGCCUUCAAAGGAGCUAAUGGCAGUUGUCAGAUGUUAUCCCCGGUGUGCCGCUACGUGAGCAACCAUGAGGCCUGGAGGCGCGAGUUCAAGAAGUGUGGACCUAAUAUAAACUUUGCUGGAGUCAUCCUGACUGGCUGGUCCAGAUACGACCAUUAUGCUACGCUGUGCGAACUGUUGCCGGUGUCAUUGCCAAGUCUGUCGAGCUGUCUGAAAGUGUUGACCAAGAGUGAUGAUUCUCAGGAGGUCGGGUCGAGCGACGUGUUGCCGACCGCGCAGUGGGCUGGCGAGCAGCUCGCGCGCUGCGUGCACUCCCUCGCCAUCCUGCGGGAGAGAGCCUUCUCCUUCGUGCACGGAGAGCACGUGACGACCUGGAUGAACCCUUGGCAGCUGGAGAGGAACUACACGAAUCCGGCACACCUGGAAACUAUAGCCCGGGACGCGGGAGUAUUGCAGUCAGAGCUAAGUUCGUUGCAAGCGAACCUGGAGGUCCAAUUGCCGAAGUUGACCGGCCCCAGGAGCACCGAGGAGUGGUUGGCCACGAACGUGACGCCGGCUCUGCGUCAAGUGGCCGACUUGCACCGCGUGGCCCACGAGAGGCUGAACGCGGCCGUCGGGAUCUCGCCCCUUCGAACACAUAACGACGGAUGAUGCGGUCUGCCCUGUUCAACUCUUAUAUAUCGCUAGUUUCCAGUAGAUCAUUCCAUUUUGGACUGGUGGUAGGACCUCUUGUGAGUCGCGCGGGUAGGUACCACCGCCCUGCCUAUUUCUGCCGU